AUGAUGUUACAGAAGAAGCUACGGUCAACUAGAAGUUUUCAAGCUGAAGGAGCUCUUAGUGAGGGUAUGACAGACAGAUUCAGUAAUCUUCCAGAUGAAGUUGCUCAUCUUAUUCUUUCCUUCCUCACGUUCAAAGACCUCACUCGAGUGGGUACUGUGUCCAAAAGAUGCAGAAGAUUUUAUGUAUCAGCGCCAUCAGUGAAUUUUGAUGCGAGUCAGGCAAGAACCAACCAGAAGCUAGUAGAGUUGAUGAGUUCUUGGGAUCGGUACUUGUUUCAUCGUGGUGAUAAUAAGUUGCAGCGUUUUUCCGUUUUCUGGAAUUUCUUUAAAAACAAAAGUGUAAGUAAGCUUUCUGAUGAGCAUUUUCGAAUAAUCACAUGGAUUCAUAAUGCAGUAAGGUGUAAUGUUGAAGUGCUUAACCUUUAUUUCUUAGCACUCCAUACCACCAUGUUAGCAUUGCCUUCUUGCGUUUUUCUUUCUCAAUCCUUGAAGUCUCUAUCAGUUUGCUGUUCCGGGGUGAUUCUUCAAACACCCUCCUUAUCUUUUUCAUGCAAUCUCCUUUCCUUGAGGUUGAGUUGUGUUAAUAUAGUAGAUGAGAGUUUCUUUAAAUGGAUCUCAUGUACCUGCAAAUGCCUUAAGGAAAUACAACUUUUUCGCGUUAUAGGGAUAGAACGUAUCACCAUUGAAAGCUUGUCUUUGGAAUCAUUUGUGUUUGUUUCAGUUUGUGGUAUUAAACUCCUCCAUCUUAGCAUCUCUGGUGAGAAACUUGAAGAAAUAGAGUUAGAUUGGGAAUUUGAUGCUCGUCCUGACAGCCGCUCAUUAAAUAUUUUUGCGCCAAAUCUUAGAAAGUUGAAAUGGGAAGGGAAACUGUUGAAUGGCCAAAACCUCGGGAAGUUAAUGAGUUUAGAAAAAGCUCAGAUUUUUCUGGAGCCUGAAGUAAAUGACUUCGACAAUUUACAUGCAGUUCUUAGCAGUUUGUGCAAGGCUAAAGUUCUUAUUCUAAACGAGAAGACCAUUAAGGCUCUGCACAAGGAAGGUUCCAUGUCAGCAUCGUUAGAUAUUUUUCAUUUCAGUAUGCAUUUGAGGAGCUUGAAUGAUGCCCUAGUUCCAGCAGUGGCCUGUCUUCUUAAAGGAAUGCCUAAUUUGAAUACCUUGAAUAUAAAGUCUAAACCACCCAGAGGGCAGCCUUGCAUGUCAUCUGGGUUUGAUAUGGGAUACUGGAAAUUGCAAAACUUUGCUUUCAUUUAUCAUCUUGUGGAGGUAACUAUUGAGCUUUCCAAUGGGUCUAAUGAAAUUGAGUUUGCACGGUACAUUCUCGAGCAUGCUGUGAAUUUAAAGAAAAUUGUCAUUCUUUUUCAAUCAAGAUCCCAACAAUCUAAUGACGUACUAGGGAAGAACCUCACACAACUUUUGGAAGAAGUGACUGCAGCCGUCAAGGCUGAUAUGGAAGAGAUCAAAAACCUCCUUCUUGAUCUUCCGGACCUCAAUAAAGAAACCAAGUCUUCACAGUGCUAA